AUGCAAAAGAAGCAGCUUUAGAUCAAUGGAUUAAAGUAUGUAUAAUAUCAUAAGCAAGUUAGUCAUCCAAAAUGUCUUACUCAAAGUAGAUCUCCAAAAUAUUAAUAAAAACCUAUUGAACCAUAAAUGAUUAAAUAAAUUACUUAAUUGAUUAAAAGCUCUAAAGAUAGACAUACUGAAAGAUAGUAUAAACCUAUUGAAAAAUUAAAGUCUAUUUAAAUUAAUCAACCUUAAAUUACAUCAAGAGCAACAGAAAGUAGAGAUAUGUCAACAACAUUUCAUUAAUUAUUACAAGAGUUUAGAAAUAACAAUAAACAGAAUAAGGAAAAUUCAUUUAAUAAUAUUAAUAAGCCUUCUUAAAAAGUUAGAUAAAUCAGUUUUCCAAAUACGGUUCUUCUUAGUAAUACAAACAGUAGAACAAGAAUUAAGGAUAGUAUGUAUUUGAAUUAAUGUGAUUAAAAUGAAAAAUUAACUUAGAAAAUACUAUCCAUUGCUCAAACAACAUAAAUUUAAAAUAAUUAUAAAUUAGAAUUCAAUGGAGUUAUUGAAGAUAUGUAUCGUUGUUCAUAGGAAUCUCAAAAUUUAUUGAAUGAAAUCAAAGACAAUUUAAAAAAUUAAGAAUCUCAUUUUAGAAAAAGUUCUUAAAGAUGUGUAUCUGCAGAUAUAUAAAUGAUAUCCAAAAGUCCAUUUUCAAAAUCUAGAUCUUCUUCUAUAGAUCACAAAGAAUCUAGAUUUUUUGGUUCAACUUAGGCUAAUUCAAAUCCUAAAGAAUUGGAUUUGACUUGUGAUGAGAAUGAGAUAGUUAUAAAUAAUAUCAAUAUAGAAGACAGAAUCAAAACAGAACCUGAUCCUUUAAUAUAAUUAGAAAGAGAAUAUCUAACAGAUCCAUAUUAUUUAACUGAAUAAAGUGAAAUCAAUUAACUUAUGAGAGCUAUUUUAUUUGAUUGGAUGAUGGAAGUAGCAAUGGAAUUUAGAUUAAAAAGAUAAACUUUUCAUUUAUCUAUCUUUUACCUUGAUUCAUUUUUAUCAAAAAAAUAAGCUAAUAAAUAAAAUUUAUAACUUAUUGGUUUAACUAGUUUAUUGAUAGCUAAUAAAGUUGAAGAAGUUAUUCCUAUUGGAGUAUAAUAAUUUGAAAAGGCUGCUAAUUAUGGUUAUACAAAGGAUGAAAUAUUAAAUAUGGAAUUAAACAUUCUAUUUGUAAAUAUAAAUUAUUAAUUUUAUAGACUUUGAAAUGGCAUGUAAAUCCACCUUCUUAUACUUAUUGGAUUAAUUGGUUUACAGAUUAAUGGGAUAUUUAUGCAGAAGAUUAUGGUUUAAAUAUUUAAUUUAGAAAACCAAAUGAAGAAUCUUAUCAAUGUAAUUCAAUUUUAAUUAAAAGUGUUUAGAAAGCUAUGUUAAUUAGUAGAUUGCACAUUGAUGGAUAUUUAAACUUUACAAUAUAUGCCAAGAACUAUAGUAGCAUCAUUUAUGUACUUAAUCAUUUCUUUUUAACUUAAUGUAUAUGAUUAAGAUAUGCUUGAAACAAUGUCAUAAACUUCAAUGUUUCUAUUAAAUAGUAUAAUAAAAUAUUUAUAAUUUAGAAGAUAAUUAAUUUAAUAUAAUUUUUGGAUAAUUUGUAUAAACUACCUUUGGAUUUGCCUUAUAAGAUAUUCUUCCAGCCAUAUAAUAUGUUGUUGGCUUCUAUGAGCUCAAUAUUAAUUAUGAUACACCUCCUGGAGUAGUACAUUUAUCAAAUACACCUUUAGAAGUAUUCUUUAAUUAAUAAAUAAUAGUCAAAUUAUGAAGAGUUUCUAUCAUUUCAAUGUUAUUCAAAAUCAUUACUUGAAUUUAUUAAACAAAAAUCAAGAGAUUGA